GCAGCUAGUUUAGCGGGCCGUUGGUGAUGACCGACUAUCAUCGCUGAUUUGCUCGGACCCCUCAAGUCACUCAGCCCACCGUUCACAAGUAGUAUCCAACCAACGAUGCCUUGGGAGAACCUCCUGCAAAUUGGGGCCGCUCACAAUCCUUCAUACCUUCUGUUCCUGAGAGGGGCUGAAGAGAUGCCAUUCCGCCAGCUCGUAUAAAGAGCACGAGUGCGCUGCUCCAAAAUGUCUCUAUCCAAGCAGAGCAUUUUCACAGUAUCAAGUCGGUUUCGACAGUCCUUCCUUUUUUCUUUUUACUUUUUCGCAGUUUAUACAGAAGCUAUUGACUAGCUUCACCACAUUCCUUCAAUCACAUACACUCCUUGCAGAGCACACAAUCAUUAGCAUUUGUCCUGUCUCAACCAAUUUCUACUUACAAUACCUUUCUAUCCAAGAUGCGUUUCACUCAGUUCUUCAACUACCUUGCUGUCGGCUCCCUUGCCGGCAUCGCCGCCGCCGCUCCGUUGGGAACUCGGACCCUGGAGGUCGAGGCGGGAGAGCAGCUGGCCUCCCGUUCCACCAACGCAGUGGUGACCGUCAGCGCAUUGGCUGUCACUAGCGUCAACGACAGUGUUGGCAAGAGCUCGGGCUCGAACUCAUACACCAAGUACACCGGCGAUGGUUCGACGGCUGAUGGAUGGCCCGCCAAGUCCGAUUGGCUUUCCUUCGAUGCGAUGUGGGAGGCCAACAAGGACGCUGUCAUCGCCAACUCCUGCAGCAACAAUGGCUGGGGCGAGGACAACUCGGCGACCGAGACCGCAAACAUCAAGAGUGCCAUUGAGAAGGUCGCUAAAGAGUCCAAGGUCGAUCAUCGCUUCAUUCUGGCCGUGGUUCUGCAGGAAUCCAAGGGCUGUGUCCGGGUCCCGACUACCGCCAACAGUGUAAGCAACCCUGGCCUCAUGCAGAGUUACCAGGGUACCGGUACUUGCUAUGGAAAGAGCACUUGCUCCGACUCGGAGAUCGUCCAGAUGAUCCGCGAUGGAGCUAUUGGAACUUCCUCCAGUGGUGGUUAUGGCCUCGCUUCUUACCUGGACUUGGCCGAUCGGACUGGUGUUGCGGCCUACUACCGUGCCGCCAGACUUUACAACUCCGGUGUAAAUUCCCUUAAGUCGACCACCAACCUUGAUCUUGCCUCCGGUGCCACUUCUUGCUACGCCUCUGAUAUCGCCAACCGUCUCACUGGCUGGACGACGGCGACCUCUAAGUGCUCUAGCUGCGAUCCACUUUCCUCGGGUCGGCAGUCGCCGGCCGCCGAGCAAACCACAACAACUUCAUACUUCAGUUACUGUCGAACUUGGGCACUUUUACCAUGUGCAUGUGGCUGUCGCGAGAAGCCAGCGCACGGCAUCGCACCUGGGGUCCGCUUCCCUGAGACCCAUCGGGAUGGAUAUCGAAGUACUACCCAGCCAGGUACAGACCUGUCAGACUGGAAGUGCUUGGCGGACGUCACUAUAUGGAAGUGCACCUUACUAGAAUGCGUCGCCAGCAUGAUGUACACGUUCAUGUUGACAUGGGUGACGAUUGCACCAACAUCCAAAGAUCGAGACGAUAUCGGUAAUCCCUCCUACCUCAGCACGGACAAUUACGAUUGGGUUCGCUUCUUACCUGCGAGUAUCGUCAAUGUGUGCCUCCUCCCUUUGAUCAUUAUUACUUUUGCGCGCUCGACUGGUGGCUAUGUCAAUCCAAUUAUUACGUUCGCUGCGUACUUCCUACGCCGGGUUUCCUUAUUGAGAGCUAUGACAUACAUUGGGGGGCAAGUUGUUGGAAGUGCCUUGGCAGUGUGGGCUGUGCAAGAAGCAUCUGGUAGCACGGGGCUUGAUAUUGCGUGUAUCAUCAGUCCUAGAGGGGUUUCAAUACGUGAUGCAUGUAUUGCUGAGAUAAUGGGCAACUUCGCUAUAGUAGUGACUGUCAUGUACAUUGCUGCUGGUCGCAAAACCAGAGGGUUGUUUGAAGAUGCGAUGUCGCCUUGGAUGGUGGGCAUCGCCAUUGAGGCUGGGUUCUGGUUACCCAGACUCAUUUGGCAGGGGUAUCCCCGUGCAAAUAGUCGUGAACGAAGCCUGCCUUACGUUUUAAAUGUUUAACAGGAAUUUCUGUUCUUUCGUGGUGAUGAUAGUACCGUGGCGGCCUACGGGGCUAGUUCACUAUUUUCAAAUUUUUAUGAGCGUUGCGAUCAAUUUUUACUGGAAUGGAUAGACCCAGCAUCAUGGGAAAUAGCAAACAUGUU